CUGAUGACGGAUUUGCAUUCUAGUCUGCAGAAUUCCCCCAAAGCUAAUCGAUCAAUUGAGGUUAAUGGGCGGUGGAGAAGAGGAAUCAGUGGAGGCGGCGGCCGUCGCACGCAGAGAUAGGCUGAGAGCGCUUAAAGCUGCUCAGGAGCUCCUCAACACUCCCGACGAUAAUGCGGCUACAGCUAAACCUCAAAAUGUUGACAAUCAGCAACCAGUAGAGCAGCUGGAGCAAGAAAAAGAAGAUGAAGAUGCAGAUGAAGAUGAUAAAGAAGCCAAUGUCCAUAUGAAAUUCCGAAAUUACCUUCCUCAUGACAAGCAACUUCAAGAGGGUAAACUUGCCCCACCUGUAUUACCUAAGUUUGAAGACCCUGUCCUGGCAGCCCCUCCUCCAGAGGAGAAGAAAGAGGAUCCAUUUCUAAAUAUAGCACCAAAGAAACCAAAUUGGGACCUGAGGAGGGAUGUGCAAAAAAGACUUGACAAGCUUGAGAGACGGACUCAAAAGUCAAUGUUAAUACUCAUGGAACGAGAGGAAGCAAGGAGGAGAUCAGGAGAAGACACAGAAAAUGGUGGAGAAGACUGAAAAUAUCCAGAGAGUUGUAAAGUUCAAUGGGUGAAAACUCUCCUAGUAUAGGUGGAGAUGUCCUUGUUUUUAUCAUUUCUUACCUAAUUGACAAACGAGGCUCAUACUUAGCUCUUUCCAGCAUUUCGGCAUGUCUAACAAAUUAUUAUGACAUUCAUUUUCCGUAUCCAAUUCAACUAACUAUUUUCCAUGAUA